UAUAUUUUUUCUCAUUUUAACUUAUUGCACCAGUUCAGUAAUGCAGCUAAAAAAACAGACCAAAGGCGAAAAGAUCUGAUAUUGAUGAACAUAAAACAUAACCUUUAUACUUGUAUAUUCACAUGGUGCCGUAUAGCUGUAUAUGGCUAAAUAUUCCUUAGGGAGAAGUCACAGAAGACUACAGGCACAGAAUGGCACAGAAGGCACAGUGAUCUAGGAUCAUUAUAUAGAAAAAAAAUGUUCAUGUGUAUCAUGGAUGUUUUUUACUACGUGUGAUGAUUGCUCUUAGUCGAAAAUUGUGGUAAGAAACAUUUUAAAUAAUUAUCCACGAUUAUUUUAAAAUUAUGGCUAAAGGUCAUAAACAUGCGAAGCGUCUAAAAUCGGAAAAGGCAAAAGUGAAAUUGAAGAGUAAAACGAAUCAGCUACCAAAAAACUUAAAUGUUACGAAUACGUCAUUUAAAGCAAAGAAAAUUGUAAUACGUGAACAAUUAAAACAUCAUGAUCAGACAGAAAUUCUCAGCACUCGUAAGCUCAAUAUCAAGGAUCUAUUGAUGCGCUUUCAUCAUCAUAAUUCGACAGUGAGAGGAGAAGCAUUGAAAGAACUGAAAGAAAUUUUAGUACAGUAUUCAAUAAAAGCUCUGCAUUCAGAAUUAGGUUCUUUAUUGCGUGGGAUAGCAGCUUUGUCUCUUGAUAAAGAGAAAAAUAUAAGAAGAGAUUCUUUAAAUGCACUGAAUUUAAUUCUUGAAUCUAUUUCAAAAAAGGACUUGUUACCAUAUUUUGAUGUUUUAAUCUCUUAUUUAAAUUGUGCUAUGACGCAUAUUAAUCCAUAUAUAAAAGAAGAUUCUUUACAUUUUUUGGAUAUACUUUUACACAAUUGUGGUAAUAUGCUUGUGAAAGAUAGCCAUAAAAUAUUACCUAAUUUUGUGAGUAUGAUAUGUACAUUACAUGAUAAUAAGUACAGUGGACAAUUAACAACAAUUCCAAAUUUUAAAAACACUAAUAUAAAGUGGAGAACCAAAGUUUUAGAACGUUUGGCUAAUAUGUUUAACCAUAUUAUAAGUGAAGGAAAAAUUUAUAAAGCCACAUAUCCAAAAAUCCAAGUAGUACACAAUUGUACUAGAUUUUUUCCAGUUUAUAGCAGUAAAUUAGCUAAAAGCUAUGAAAUUGAUUUUAACAAACAUGCAGAUGCAAUGUCAACAAUAGGAAAAGUUUUAUCCACAGAAGAAUUUAUAAAAUACAUAGAUAAAUUAAUGCCACUAAUAUUUGAUAUUUGGCUUGAAGUAUGUCCAGAUGGAAAACUGGAGAAUUAUACAUAUAUCACAAUUUCCAAUGAGACAUUCUUAUUAUUGAAAAGUGCUAUUAAAAUUAUACAGUCGAUUAUUGAAUACAUUGAAUACAUGAAUACAUUGGAUCAUGAUGAUUAUGAUGCCAAGCAUACGAAGUAUUGGUUUAUCCAUAAAUUUCAUCAAUUAUAUAUGAAGAAUUUUCUGUCGAAAUUUCCAUACAAUAAAGUGAGAGAAUCUACUAACAAACCCAGAAAAUGUCAAGAAGAUUAUUCUGGAAUGGAAUUCAACGAUAAUAUUUUAGAAGAGAACUUGGGGAUUUGCCAAAUUCAUGUAUGGUUUACAUCCAUAACUAGUCAAAAGAAAUUUUCUAAAUCUAUUGAAGACCAUUGUUUAUCCGUUAUUAAAUAUUUAAAUGAUACAAUUGAAAACUGGUGCAUCAAUGACAGAGUUGUGUUAUCGCAAUUGACUAAGCUGCUGAGAACUUUAUUUCUAUCAGCAAGUUCAACUUGGCAUGCAAAUGGUAUCGACUUAAGCCAUACUUUGCAACUGAUUAUAAGAGCGUCCUUUCAUUUACCUCAAAAUGAAUUACAAUCAGAUUUAUCUCUGAUUAUUGGUAACAUUAUAUUGGAAUGCAAUUUAAGUGAAUUACGCAGAGAAGAGACAUUCAAAAAGUAUAUUGUAAGCUUACCAGAUUUGCUGCUAAAGCCAAGCAUAGAUGAAGCCACUAUUUGUAUGAUCAGUCAAAUAGCCUUACGCUUUAAACAAUGGAUUUGGAAUGAACUGAUGAUAAAACAAGAGGCUAUUAUAGAGAAUGCUAAGAAAAUCGAAAUUAUAGGCACACAGGAUGAUAAAAUAUCAAGACUUGCGAUUUGCAAUCUAUUUUAUGUUAUGGAUGCACAAAUUUAUUAUUAAAUAUAUACAGUCAAUUAGUUAAAAUUGUACAUAUUUUCUCAUUUCUUUUCUUUUAAUAUUAAACUAGUUUUCUCUAAAUCAUAAGACAUUGCACAAGUUGAUGUGUACAUACUGCUAUAUUUUUCUUUAUUUUGAAAUAAAGUAUAUAAACACAUCUACGCGUAUAAGUUAACAUUUAAUUUGAGCAUAUCGUACUAGUAAAAUAAAAAAGGUACGAAAAGAGGAGAUAAUCUUCAGUAAAAGUGAAGUUGAAGUUAGGGCACUCACUUCCGAUAAUCUUGUAUGUUAUAUAUAUAUUGUUAAAGACACCCUCCUGGAUAAUUAACAGGUUUUAGCCGUUGCUCAUUGUUUAUUACAAAAUUAUUAACAACAAAAGUUUCAUAAAUAGAGCCUAUUUUUCCAACAUA